AUGGACAACACAGUAACAUCUUCAAUGACCAUCUCCUUCCAACGUCCAACAGAUCUUCGAAAGUGUGCACAUACUGCAGGUGUCUUGUCGUCGAAAUGUUACGACUGUUGUUUCUUGAAUAAAUUAAAUUAUGAUAAUUAUUUUCAGCUAUCUGUGAUUAUUCUGCUUGCAUGUAUCUUAAUAUUAGAAUUAAUAAAAUUUAGCGAAUCCUACAAGCCUAUUAAGCCAUAUAAAUUUUACAAUCCAUGGCGACCACGACGAUGGCAGUCAUUUGCAAAAUCCUCGAAACACUAUCGUUCCAAAAGAAUAUUACCACAGAAUCAUCACAUUUUUGAACCAGAUUACGAAAGAUAUGCACCUAUUUACGAGGACUCGGUGGACAAUACUGAAGAGGACAAACCUUAUGUCAUAGUCAUACAACUUCCACGAAAAAAGGAAAAAAACAAAUAUCAGGUAUAUCAGCGUCAGCACGUUAUAGAUGCGCCACAAAAUAUUGAUUAUAUUGACGACAACGAUGACGAAUUAAAAGUAUAUCACAUCAAUAAUAAAACAGUGCGGAUAAAGGUGAACGAUCGAUUGUCAGUUCUUACUUCGUAAUCACAAUCUGACAAUCUGAUUAACAAAUUCUUCAAUUAAAAAAUUUGUAUUUAUUAAAUUUUUAUUUCGAUGUUUAUAUGUUCGUUAUGUUUGUAUUUGUUAUAUUUUAUAAAUGUUAUAUUAACUUUUUGGAUUUGAGUUCAAUGUUAGUCUAGAAAUAUAUGCUUAUAAAAAUAUUGUUAAGAUUACUAAAAAAAUGGUUUAUUUAUUGAGUGGUGGACCAUUUUUAUAAUUUUCUUAUAGUAGCGAAAUCUCUUUAUUUAAGUUAACUUCUUCAAUUGUAUAAUUAUUUGAAAACUCGAAAAUUCCAAAAUUGCUUUAUUAUUACAACAUAAAGUAAUGACGAAGAAAACUUUGAAUUCGAAAAAUUCGAAUUUGGAUCGGAUUAUGUUUCAUGUCCAAUAAUGUGUGUGUGCUUCAUGUUCCUUAAUAGGUCGAUUAAUAGAUUAAUAGGUAAUAGGUAGAAAUAGGUUUUCUAACAUAAUAAGGAACAUAUUGUAAUCAUAAAUAAUAAUAAUAUGCAAUAUAUCUUCGUAAUAAUGUGUCUGCUACAGCCCAUCAUACGCAAUGCGUUUUACUAUCGUUUAUUUUUCUGACGCAACGUCAACAAAGAUUACUUAUUGUUAGUUAGAUCCAUCUUGACGUUAGGUUCGACGUCAUUUGUGUCUAUGUCGGAAAAUAGAUCUUGCGCAAUCCUGCGCAAUCGUGUCUUUUCGAAAUUUAAAAUAAAUAAUAAAAUAAUUCCAAAAAAGAAAAAUAAACAAUCAAAAAUAGACAAUCCAUAUUAAUGUAAUAAUUAAUUAAGUUCAGUUUACUACAAAUGUCAUUUAAUGACCUAACAAAAAUACUAGCAGCAACUCAGUCUUUCCAAAUUUCGAUCGUUAUAAAUAUAUAAAGUUAUUAUAUAUUUUCACUUGCUGUAUACACAUUCAGUUUUUACAAAAACAAUUACGUAAUAAUAGAACAGUCAUGGUAACAGUCUCAUCUCGUUUGACGAAAGUAACUUCUAUUUAAACAACGACGAUCUUUUCCGACAUGCGCCUCGUAAAAUUUCACACAUUUCGUCAUAACAUUACAAUACUCUACAAACACUUUUGUAUUUAAUAUUUACGCUUUUACUCGCCUUUACACAGCCGUAUGUUUUAACUAAUUUUUUCUUUUCUUUUGCAUUUUUUUCUUUUCUUUUGUUUCUGUUUAAUUGUUUGUGCGUCUUUGUUGAUUUUCCUACGGCCUCGCUCUCGUAUACGGCGGUAUUUAUAUAAACAUAGAAACAUACAAACACACACAUGUUAUUUUUCUUCUAUAUGCCUAUAUGCAAACGCAUAUUAGUUUUUUUCCUCCAUUUAAUCAGCGUGAAUAAUUAAACUUUAUAAUUUGUGUCUUACGAUCAACUACUUUUUUUGAAGCACAUUAUUGCAGGUUUUUCUUUAACAAAGCACUUAUUGUUAUAUAUCUAGAUCAUUUAACUAUAUGUUCCAUUUCACUUUCUCGCUUCUUUUUUUUGCUUAUAUUUCUUUUAUAUUUCGUUAGAGGAGUGCAAAUGUAAUUUUCCGUUCGCCGGUUUUAGAUAAAAAGUGUUUUUUCGACAUAUCACAUUUAUUAUGAAUGCGCAUUUUAUGCACUAGUUUUAUGCGGCGAUCCUGACCAUGUUGUGCUGCACAGAUAGAUAUCCUUCGCUACGAGAUGCAGUAAAAAAGAUUUUAUAUUUUUAUUACACAUUGAAAAUAUAUGAUAAUCAUUAAAUUCACAUAAGACUUUAUGAAUCCAAUGAUUUAUUAAAGCAAUGUUUACAAGGAUAGUCCCAAAAUUCUCGGCCUGACAAAGAAAACACAUGAUUUUUGCAAAAUUUUUUUUA